AUGGUAACCCGACAACACUACGACUCGUCAUCCGAUCCAGCAUCGCCCAACCAUACAAGUCAUUCUUCUAUCAAACCGAUGUUCUCGGCAGAGGAUGAUGAUAAUAAUCAAAUUGAUCAAAAGAAGUCCGCUGGCUGGCAUUGGUGUUUGAAAUGCUGUAUUAUUGGAUCAUUACUAGCUGGAAUAGGUUUAGCUGUUGUACUCACAUUCUACGUGACCUCGAAAACAACUGCAACUGAAACAUUAAUCUCGACAACAUUAACAACAAUAUCAACAACAUCAGCAACAACAUCAACAUCAACAUCGACAUCGACAUCAACAACAUCGACAUCAACAACAUCGACAUCAACGUCCAGAUCAACAUCAACGUCAACGUCAAGAUCGACAUCAACAUCAACAUCAACAACAACAGCUCCACCUUGCAGUACUGCUUGUUGUACUGGUGGUACUGGUCCUACUACUUGUACUACUUGUAUUGACACUGCUCAUAGUAAUGUUAAUGCUGUUUGUCGUUAUGCUAAUCCUAUUAGUGAUGUUAGUCAUGUUUCUGGUAAGGUUGCUAACGGUGAUGGUGAUUAUGGUAAUUUUCUUAAUAAUCCUGGUCCUGGUUAUUUUAUUUACGAUACUAAUGGUCGUUAUAGUGGUAAUGCUAAUGCUAAUAUUCCUUGUACUACUGAUUAUACUGGUAGUGCUAAUAAUUAUUUUGCUAAUAAUGCUGAUUAUACUUAUGGUUGUUGA